CCCACCGGCGUUUCUCUCUCUUUGCAAUCGCUCAAUCUAAUCUUCCACAGAUUCGCCUCCUUCUCGAUCUGCCGACUGCAACCAUGAGUGACGAGGGUGAAAGGACUUGUCCCCUUUGUGCAGAGGAGAUGGAUUUGACUGAUCAGCAGCUGAAGCCUUGCAAAUGUGGCUACGAGAUAUGUGUUUGGUGUUGGCAUCACAUAAUGGAUAUGGCUGAGAAGGAUGAUACCGAGGGACGAUGCCCAGCGUGUCGUGUAGCUUAUGACAAAGAAAAGAUUGAAGGGAUGGCUGCAAACUGUGAAAGGUUGGUGGCUGAAAUCAACUUCGAGAGAAAAAUGAAGUCUCAAAAGGCAAAAACUAAAUCAUCAGAAGGAAGGAAGCAGCUCAGCAGUGUGCGGGUGAUCCAACGGAACCUUGUUUACAUUGUUGGAUUGCCUCUUAACCUUGCAGAUGAGGAUCUACUGCAGCACAGAGAAUAUUUUGGUCAGUAUGGGAAAGUUUUGAAAGUAUCUAUGUCUAGGACUGCAGCUGGGGUCAUUCAACAAUUUCCAAACAAUACUUGCAGUGUAUAUAUUACUUACUCGAAAGAGGAGGAGGCAAUCCGUUGUAUUCAGUCUGUACAUGGGUUUGUGUUGGAGGGCAGAUCAUUAAAGGCUUGCUUUGGUACAACCAAGUAUUGCCAUGCAUGGCUGAGAAAUGUGCCUUGCACCAAUCCUGACUGUCUGUAUUUGCACGAGAUUGGUUCUCAAGAGGACAGUUUCACAAAAGAUGAGAUUAUAUCGGCAUAUACAAGGAGUAGAGUCCAGCAACUUACCAGUGCAACAAACAAUAUGCAACGGCGCUCAGGGAGUGUGUUACCUCCUCCAGUGGAUGACUAUUGCCAGAACAGUACUGCUUCAACUGCAAGACCUAUUGCCAAAAAUGCACCAAAUAAUACAGCAGUGGGAAUUACUAAAGAUUCUCCCCCAAAUGGAAGCUCUGGCAGAUCAAUUGGUCUUCCUGCUGGAGCAUCAUGGGGAAUGCGUGCUUCAAACCAGCUACCAGUGGCAGGUUUAGCAUGUUCAAAUGGACCCUCCAAGCAAAAAUCUGACACAACAAGUGGCACACUAGCAUUUUCAUCAGCUGUUGCAAGCACAACACCGGUUUCUACAUUGCAUAGUGAUACUAUACAUAUGAAGGGUAAACCUGAUUUGUUAAAACCUUUGAAACAGAAUGCUGGUUUGGAUUGUCAAACCACUUCAUUAGAGAAGCCUGCUGCACCUGAUGUGUCUCCUGCUAAUAAACCUUUGAGCAGUCAGUUAUCUUUUCCUCUGCAAUCAAAGUAUGAUGACCAAGUUACCGGUAUUCCUUCAAGUGUUGUAAGCCCCUCAUUUGAUCCUACUGUGCAAUCUUGUGUUUCUGCUGCCGAAAAACAGGGGAACAUUACAAUGAAUGGGAAAUUACAGAGCUUGUCCUCUGAUAUGUCGUCAUUGAACAUAGAUAGGAAUGUCUCAAAUGAACAUUCUGGUAUGAUUAGGCCAAGCAGUUCAGAUUCUGAUCAAGGAUUAACCAAACCACCUGGUAAUCUAGUGUUACAACAAUGUUAUGCUGAACGCUACCAAGAAUCAUUAAGUUCACCGGCAACUGGGAGAUCCUUGACAACAUUGACCGGCGUGAGUAUUCCAAGAGACCUGCAUGAUUGGAGAACAGAUUCACAAACUCAAGCAGUGAUGAACUCAAGCUCUGAAGUGGAGGAAGAUAUAUUGUCUUUUGAUAAUCAAAGGCUUAAGGAUCCAGAAGUUAGUCGAUCAACUUAUGUCUCAAAUUCAUCGAGUCCUUUCCUUUCAAAUCAUACUAGGUCUCAUUCCCUUCAACAUAAUGAACCUUUUAAUGUGGUCAAUUUGAAUGCUGAUAACAUAUUCGUAGAUAAUAAAUUGGGCGAUAAUUUGCUUCUCCAUGGAUCUAGUUCCUCAAUGUCAAAUGGAUACCCUGAGAAGUUCCUGAGCGGUAGUGUUGAUUUUGAUGUUUCUGGAGAAGGUUCCCUUUUUCUCUCAAAUGAAUUGAAAGAGAAGCAAAUGGGAAGGUUUUUUGGUAAUGUUGACAGCAAUGCUGCUAAGGACAAAGGAGAGAGCAGCAUAAUCUCAAAUAUAUUUUCAGUUGAUUUUGAGACAUGGGAUGAGCCCUUGACAUCACCUCAGAAUUUGGCCAAGCUGCUGGGUGACACUGAUGAGCCUACAGCUUUGAAAUUAUCAAGUUCCUGGAAAGUACAAAAUAAUAACCAGUCCAGAUUCUCUUUUGCAAGACAGGAGGAUUCUAAGUAUCAGUCAUUUGAUGUUGAUCCCUCUUUAAGUGUUCAUGGACAGAUGACCAAAACCAGUUCUUUCAGCCAAGAUUUUGCAGAAAGCAGAGAUCCAUAUCUGGAUAAGUUUGGUGUUUGCAAUGGUUUUUCUACAAAUAAUUUUGAUGAGUCUAACAACUUUGCUGGCAGUUCUUCAGUUUUCUCAUCUAACAAGCUUUCUGCAAUAUCUAGAGCUCAAAUUUCUGCCCCACCUGGAUUUGCUGUCCCUAGUAGAGCACCACCUCCAGGCUUCUCUUCUCAUGAGAGAGUGGAGCAAUCUUUUGACAGCAUACCUGGAAAUUAUUUGGUAGACUCUUCCUCCCUUUUGAGAAAUUCGUUUCAGUCACCCCCUAGUGGUAACAUUGGUACUGCUGGGGAGAUUGAAUUCUUUGACCCAGCAAUUUUGGCAGUUGGUAAAGGAAGACAUCAAGGAGGGCUUAACAACACAGGCUUAGACUUGAGAUCAAAUUUUCCAUCACCGUUGAGUGCUUUUGAAAAUGAGGCAAGACGUCAACUGUUUAUGCAGAGAUCUUUCAAUACACAACAGAAUCUGAGAUAUGCUGACAUUGGGGAUAGUUUUUCUUCCCUUAAUGACUCAUAUGGAAUUUCAUCUAGGCUAUUGGAUCAAGCACAGGUGAAUAAUGUGCCUCCAUUUGCUCAGUUAUCUCUCCAACAGACAAGGAAUUCACGUAUGUCAAAUGGUCACUGGGAUAGCUGGAAUGAGGUUCAAGGAGGAAACAAUGUGGCUAUGGCAGAGCUUCUCAGAAAUGAGAGACUGGGAUUUAACAAGUUCUAUGCUGGUUAUGAUGAUUCUAAAUUCAGGAUGGCUAGUUCAGGUGAUCUGUAUAACAGAACAUUUGGGAUGUGAAUUGCUGUCGGAAGGCUUACUGGUUCAUUGGAAAGUACUGUGCCAAAGAGGUACAAGUAUUAAGUGCAAUAUCUUUGCAUUAUUCUCAAGGAUGUGAUGGCUCGUAACUGGUCUCAUUGAGCAGCCUUGCAAAGGUUCAAGCUUACAAUAAAUGGGGCCGAAAAAUGGGGUCUGCAAACCAGCAGGUCAAGUAAAGCUGCUGCUGUAUUGAGAUUGUACCUCCAGGUGCUGAAUGUGGCCCUACUAGAGGAUGAUCCUUCAGAUGCUUAGUGGUUUUGCUCCUAACUAGUUCAGAAAAGUUUGGUUGGUGUUCUCUAACAACUAAAUAGCUCAAUUUAGGAACCCGUUUUUGUUUACAUCACCCUCGACCUUCUCCCUAUUGAAAUAUUGUGCAUUUAUAUGCCUCUUCUAAAAUUUUAUAUAGUGAAGGAUAGAUUAGAGAGUGAAUUGUCAUUAACUUGGUUCGAGUACUAUUGGUCUCUGGAGUAGUGGUUGGUGAAUUUCU